CAAUCCAAAGGUACAUCGCCCGUCCUGCCUUUGGAACCGCCGUACUGACGGCGAAUGGAGCACGUACCCUGUAAUUAGUGCAUACGGACUAUCGGAACAGUUCCCGCCAUCGUACUCCCCAGAGUUGAUGAACAGAACCAUCUCGAUUAUUCCUAUGGACAGAAAAGAUUGUCAAGCUGAUGGCGGUAGUGAUUUGAUUCGCUGCCACAAUGAAGUCAACAUGGUGCCGCGACUUUGUUCGUUGGACUACGGAGCCCCGGUGACUAAUUCAAGAUAUGAAGAAGAGGAUCCCAAUUACAUCUACGGCAUAGUAUCAUCGCUUAGUAAGGAUUGUGGAUCUAGCUUAGUAGUGACGGACGUUACGCCACACAUCCACUGGAUUGAAUCGAUCAUCAUCCGGCGACGACACGAAAUGCUCAUAUUUUCAGACUAGACGAAAAAAUCAACAAAUAUACUAGGAAACGAACAUAGCAGGCACAGAAAACACUCGCUGGUUUUGUUUCUCGCUGGUACCCCGUAACAUAACAGUUUGAUUAGCCUACUAAGUGCUGUGCUAUUAUUACCAACGUAUAUUUGUUUCAUUUUGGGUUAGCGUGGGUCAUAGGUUUGGUUGAAGAUACGUGUUCUCGCAAUCACGAUGCUCUCACUAAAACAUGUCCAACAUCCAGUUUAAU